UUUUGGUUUCAUAUCAUAACAAUAACUACUUUGCUCAUGGCUCGUACUACUCGUGCUGGUCCUUCUAAUUUUACUACAGCAAUUCUAAUUAGGGUUGAUCAAUCUGGUGAUGGUGAUUUUAAGAAGAUUCAAGAUGCUAUUGAUUCAGUUCCUUCUAAUAACACUGAUCAGCUUUAUUUCAUUUGGGUCAAGCCAGGAACUUACAGUGAAAAGCUUGUAGUUCCAAGUGAUAAACCAUACAUAACACUGAGUGGUACCAAUCCAGCAACAACCAUAGUCACAUGGCAAGAUGGCGGAGACAUUUACACAUCUCCAACUCUUACUGUUUUGGCUUCUGAUUUUGUAGCAAGACUAAUCACAAUUCAGAAUACUUUUGGAAACAGUGGGAAAGCCGUGGCACUGAGGGUAGCAGGGGAUAAAGCCGCGUUCUAUGGAUGCAGAUUCACAUCAUACCAAGAUACUCUUCUUGAUGAUAGAGGUGGUCAUUACUUCAGUAACUGUUACAUUGAAGGUGCCACCGAUUUCAUAUUCGGAAAUGGAGCUUCUCUUUAUGAAAAAUGCCGUAUCCAUUCAGUUGCGGAGGGAAUGGGGAUUAUAACAGCACAGGGUGGAGCAUCACCACUGGAUAAGACAGGCUUUGUUUUCUUGGGCUGCAAGAUUACUGCACUCAAUGGAACAAGUCUAGUGUUGGGAAGGCCAUGGGGUCCUUAUGCUAGGGUUCUUUUUGCUCUCACUUACAUGUCUAGUGCCGUCGUUCCUCAGGGUUGGGACGAUUGGGGUGACCAAACUCGACAAAGUACGGUGUUUUUCGCUCAACACAAGUGUUGGGGACCAGGUGCAAGUACCUCAGCGAGGGUUGGAUGGUCGCAAAGUGCUCUAACAGAUGAUGAAGCAGCACCAUACUUGACGAAAGACAUUAUUGGUGGCCGAGAUUGGCUCAGGCCCUUACCAACUCAAUUUAGAAAAGCUGGUUCAACUACGCUAAUCAGAAGUCUUUUUUAAUUCUUUAAAUUGAUCCAUCUGUUUAUCGUUGUAUUAUAUUAUUACGAUU